CAGUAAGCGACUGAGGCAGAUGUAAACACGCUCUCAGCAUGGCGUGCUUCGGCGAUGAUCUCUUUGACUUUGUAGACGAGGAUAAUGAGAACCAGAAUGAAAACUUGCCUGAAAUUGGCGAGGGGAAUGAGGAUGAGAAUGAGAAGGCAGCACAAGAACUUAAUCAGCUGUUGGGGAAGAAACGUUCAUCAGAAGAUGCUGAUAAACAGGUGAUAAAGAAAGCAAGAGCAGUUGCUGAUGCAUCUGAGACACAAAUGAAGUUCACAGAAGAUAUGCCCAGAAUAGCAGUUCACGUCAUUGAGACAGUAGAGGCAUGUACUCAUGAAGUGGCAGUACCCCCUGGUGAGACCUACAUUCCACUCCAGCCACCAAGCGAAAAGCCAGCAAAGCUGUAUCCAUUUAUACUAGAUCCAUUCCAGAAAGAAGCUAUACUUUGCAUUGACAACAAUCAGUCAGUGUUAGUUUCUGCCCACACAUCUGCUGGUAAGACUGUGGUAGCAGAAUAUUCAAUAGCCAUGUGCUUACAGAACAAACAGAGAGUCAUCUAUACAACCCCAAUCAAGGCCCUGAGUAACCAGAAGUACCGUGACUUCAGCGAUGAGUUCACAGAUGUCGGCCUUCUGACAGGAGAUGUGACCAUCAACCCAAAUGCUUCCUGCCUCAUUAUGACCACAGAGAUUCUGCGUUCCAUGCUUUAUAGAGGUUCAGAGGUGACAAGAGAGGUGGGCUGGGUCAUAUUUGAUGAGAUCCAUUACAUGAGAGACAAGGAAAGAGGAUAUGUUUGGGAAGAGACACUCAUUCUUCUGCCAUCCACAGUGCAUUUUGUAUUUUUGUCUGCAACCAUCCCUAAUGCCAGUCAGUUUGCCCAGUGGAUUUGUUACCUUCACCACCAGCCUUGCCAUGUGGUGUACACUGACUACAGACCAACACCACUUCAACACUACAUCUUCCCAGCAGGAGGAGAGGGAAUCUACUUGGCUGUGGAUGAGUUGGGCAAAUUUAGGGAAGACAACUUUAACACAGCUAUGGCCAUCCUGCAAGAUGCUCCAGAACAGCAGGAAUCCGGGUCCAAGGGGAAAGGAGCUGCAGCCAAGGGGAGUUCUGAUUGCUUCAAGAUCGUCAAGAUGAUCAUGGAGAGAAACUUUGCUCCUGUCAUCAUCUUCAGUUUCUCCAAGAAGGAGUGUGAGGCUUAUGCACUGCAGAUGUCGAAGCUGGACUUCAACGUUGCUGACGAGAAGCAGCUGGUGAACGAGGUGUUCCAGAACGCCAUUGCUCUCCUCUCAGAAGAAGACCGUGAGCUCCCACAGGUGGUGUCAGUGCUGCCACUACUCAAGAGAGGCAUUGGUAUCCAUCAUGGAGGUCUGCUGCCUAUCAUCAAGGAGACAAUAGAGAUCUUGUUUGGAGAAGGUUUGAUCAAGUGUUUAUUUGCAACUGAGACCUUCGCCAUGGGACUUAACAUGCCUGCCAGGACCGUCCUGUUCACCUCCAUUCGCAAGUUUGAUGGCAGAGAUUUCAGAUGGCUGACUUCAGGAGAAUACAUCCAGAUGUCAGGUCGAGCUGGUAGAAGAGGAAAGGAUGAUAAAGGUAUUGUCAUCAUGAUGGUCGAUGAGAAACUGAACACAGCCGUUGUCAAGAACCUAGUGCAGGGAAAAGCAGACCCCAUCAACUCUGCUUUCCAUCUGACAUACAACAUGGUGCUGAACCUGCUGCGUGUGGAACAGAUCAACCCAGAGUACAUCCUGGAGAGAUCUUUCUUCCAGUUCCAGAAUUAUUCCUCCAUUCCAUCACUGUGUGACCGUGUGAGUGAGGGGGAAGACGAGCUUGCUUCUAUGGUCAUAGAGAGGGAGUCGGAGGUGGAGAGUUACUACAAGUUGCAGCAGACCAUCGAGAACCUCUUGAAGGAAAGACACAGCUUCAUAACCAGAUACACAUACAUCUUACCUUUCCUGCAGCCUGGGAGACUUGUCAGAGUUAAAAACAAUGAUGAUGACUUUGGUUGGGGUGUGGUGUUGAGUUACAAGAAGCAAGAAAACAAGAAAGAUCCUUUAAAACCACCCUCAGUAACAGUGGACAUCAUUUUACGAGUGUCUGAGGAAUCGGCAGCAAAAAAGGUGACUUCAGAUCUUAAGCCUCCCAAACCAGGGGAAAAGAGUGAACCAGUGGUCAUGACAGUGAUGGUGAAAGUCAUCCAAGAUUUAUCCGCUGUAAGACUGAAGCUUCCUAGUGACCUAAAGCCCAUGGAUCAACGCAUCAUGGUCGUGAAGAUGGUGGAUGAGGCAUUGAGACGUGUCCCGGAGAACCAGUUCCUGCUUGACCCAGUGAAGAACAUGAAAAUUAAGGAUGAGGCCUUCCUAGAUGUCAUGUCCAAGCUGGAAAAGUUCAAAGCCAGAUUGAAUUCCCACAAACUGCACAGUGAUCCUGCGCGAGAUGGAUUAUGCGAGGCGUUUGCGAAAAAGAUGGAGGUCAGGAAGACACUCGAGAAUGCUGAGACUGACUUGAAGAAAGCAAAGAGUGUAUUACAAAUGGAUGAACUGAAGUGCCGCAAGCGUGUCUUGCGACGUCUUGGUUAUGCCACCUCCCAGGAUGUCAUUGAGAGGAAAGGCAGGGUGGCUUGUGAAUUGUCCUCUGCCGAUGAACUCCUCAUUACUGAAAUGCUCUUCCAUGGUCUAUUCAAUGAUCUAUCAGCUGCUCAGACCUGUGCAUUACUAAGUACAUUUGUGUGUGAUGAGAAGAGUUCACAGCUUCCGAAGUUGGGUGAAGAAUUGUCAGGACCACUAAGACAGAUGCAAGACAUUGCUCGUCGCAUUGCCAGAGUCAGCCACGAAUGUAAAUUAGAGAUUGAUGAGGAAAAUUAUGUAGAGCAGUUCAGACCAUUUUUGAUGGACAUUGUAUAUGACUGGUGCAAUGGUGCAUCAUUCAUGGAACUGUGCAAAAAGACAGAAAUCUUUGAAGGAAGCAUAAUUCGAGCCAUGCGUCGUCUUGAGGAGCUGCUCAGACAGAUGAUCCAGGCCUCUAAAGCCAUUGGAAUUGACCUUGAAAAUAAAUUCUCUGAGGGAGUAAAACUUUUGAAGAGAGACAUUGUGUUUGCUGCAAGUCUUUACUUGUAACUUCAAAUAUUUGCAAUGUUAAUGUUAUCAAGGUUACAUUGUUAGGGAAGUGCUUGUGCACAACAGAUUUAAGUAAACUAUUUUAAAUGUGAGUAAUAAAACCUUUAGUGUGUGGAAAUGUACAUUUUUUAUGACAUGUAGAGCUGAAGAGAAUGAUCAUUUUUGUAUUCUUCAAUCCGUCUUUCUCUCUCUCGCUCUAAAAAAAUCAGAAAAAAAAUCGGACAAAUACAGCCUUUGGCGCAGUAGUGAAUGAGAGGACUUGUUUAGGCUAAUAAGCAUUUGGAUAAAUAAGCUUAGUACAUACUUCUUAUUGUAUUAUUUUUUUGUAAUACAUCUGGCACAAGAAAAAUAUAUUAUAUUUAUUUUAUUGUCUUUUAAAUGUUUGCAAGAAGUAAGGACAAUUCUUCUAUGCAGUAAGGUUUGAAUGAUAUAUGGUCUGUAAUCCAGUAAUAAAUUUACACUAAUAUAUUUGUGACAAAUUUGAUUGUUUAUGUUUGUUUAUAAUAUAUUGCAUUAAAGGCUGAGCUGAGAAAAUUAUAUACUGUCCUAAAGUCA